AUGAACAUACCUGUUACUCAGAGCAUCUCGGGUCUGACUUGUGCACAAGUAAAUUUACAGAGAUCAAGGGCAGCUACUUUAAAUUUUAUUGAUUUUAUGAUUAGAAAUGAAAUACAGCUCGCUCUCUUACAAGAACCUUAUGUCAAAGAUGGCAAGAUCAUUGGAUUACCAAACUGUAGUAAGAUAUUCUUUUCUGGUUCUUUUAAAGCGUUGAUAAUAUAUAACGGCCCUCUAAAUCCAUUUUUUGUGGCGAGAACUUUAGAUGCAGUGACAAUUCGCUUGCAAUUUAUCAAUAGAAGUAUUAAUAUUACUAACGUUUAUUUUCCACCGACGGCCGAUUUAGAUAGCAAUUUAACCGAACUUUGUUCACAUAUUAUUCAUAAUGAUCAUUUGCUUAUUGCGGGUGAUUUUAAUGCUACGAGUCCUCUUUGGGGUGGAAAUCAAGAAGAUCAUAGGGCUGCUAAAGUUCUUGAUUUUAUCCACGAAAACAGACUGUGUGUUCUUAAUUCCUCCGAUUCAGAGCCAACAUUCUUGACUGUCAGAGCCAAGGGUUGGCCUGAUAUUACAUUAGCUUCAUCUCCUUUUGCAAUUUCUAUUACAAAUUGGAGGGUGUUGACAGGUACAAGACCAGAUUUAGCUUAUUGUGUCAGCAUUCUUUCACGUCAUUACCUUGAAAGUCCAUCUAAAGACAAUUGGUUCAAAGUGAAACAUACCAUGCACGAGAUAGACACUGCUAUCAGCCAGUUGACUACGGAUAUUCAGACUGCGGAUAAAAACGCCACCUGGAAAAUUCCUAGGCAGCAGAUCGCUGAUAGACUUCCAAGGCAGAUUAGAGAUCUGAUCAAAGACAGGAACAAACUCAGAGAAAGGUUUCAUAUUACAUGGGAUCCAAAUACCAAAAAGCAGCUUAAUAAGGACAUUAAGAAGCACAUUACAAAUUACCGCAAGGAGCUCUGGGACGAGAAAGUCGCUAGCUACAAUGAGCCCAAUAACGCGUUCUGGUCGUAA